GUGGUGUCGAACCUACUACAUGUACCCAACUGAACUGAAAAUGUACACGAUUCAAAGAUGUGAAAAUAAUGUAUCAUGUCAGCUUAGUGCACAAAUUACCUGAUAAAUUAAAAGAUUAACAUAUUAUUUGUGUCCAAUAUGGAUGACAAAAAAGCUGAGCUGCCAUUUGGUUGGAUUGUGAAGCAGUCAAAAACAUAUCCAGACCGGGUUUAUUAUUUCAAUGUAAACUCUGGUGCGAGUUCUUGGGAAUUUCCAGAUCUUCUUCAGCAUUAUGUGAGUGGGAAUACAAACAUGACGGCUGCUCCAGUUUUAACAGCAACGUCACUCGUAGUUGAUGCUGUGUCACCAGAGAAAUUACCCGUUUCUACAACAUCCCCGCAACAAACCUCACAGCCGCAGGACACACACAAUCAGUUCAAAUCUAGUCAUAAUAAACACCAUGAUACCAGUGCUUGUAAUACACGUGAUAGUUAUAAAAAAAGUUUGUCUGAAAGAGAAACUCGUAACAUUGCUUUAGAAUGUCCUGGUAGAAAUUCAUUAAAACCACAUACUUUAUCUCAGCUUAAGUGUCGAAGAAGCGUACAAGCAGACAAUGAUAGUAAAAUGUCGAAGUUGAAAAGAGGUGUACUUGACGAUAAGUUUUCAGGUCAGGCCAAAAGUCAACAUCAGUCCUGUUCUGAUAAUAAGUUUUCAGGCAAGGCAAAAAGCCAAUAUCAGCGUAGUCCAGAUAAAAAGUUUUCAUGCCAGUCAAAAAGCCAAUGUCAGUACAGUCCAGAUAAAAAGUUUUCAGGCCAGGUGAAAAGCCAGUAUCAGCCUUACAGUGUGAAAAAAGUUUGUCAAUAUGCAGGAACAGGUAUAAAGACUGUAAGUUCUGUACAGAAAGAUUUGCACAAUGAUAAAAAAGAAGAUUCUGCUCAAGUUAGUCAAAGUUAUCAUCAUUAUAAAAAACCUGAUUGUUCAUUAGGCAACUGUUUACAGCAAAAAGUUAAAAGUAAUCCGCAAACAUCCUCAAAAUCGCAACAACCGGUGACAUUUAAAUCAUAUAAGCCUUCAUAUACAAAACAAAAUGUGGCUAAAGAUGUGUCAUACCUUGAUAACAAGCCAAAGCACACAACUUUGUCCCCGAUAAAGUUUCCAAAGAAAAGUGCCGGAAUUGCCAAAGUCAUCUGUUCUACAAACAAAAGCUGCGCGCAGAAAAAUGAGGAAUAUUCAAAAUCUGCGGGUAAAGACUUGAGGACUAUCUUAAAUGUAGGGAAACGUGGUCGUGAAAAUACGAAAGACACAAAUUCAAGCAGAAACUUGACAGAUGAUUCACAGGCAGUCAAGAGGCGGAAGACAGGCACCGAAAUUCAGUGCCCGAAUUUUGAUAAACGGGAAGAAAUAAUUGACCUUUCAGACGAUCCGCAAACAAAGAUAAAGAAAAAAAUAAACAGCCAGGUAAAUAAGACAGAAUGUUCACUAGACACAUAUUUAUAUGUAGGUGAAGACAAACGUAGAGUUGUCAGAUCUUGUCAUUCACGCGAUAGCGUUAAUUCAUUAGUUAAAAAGACACCCGCAACUAACACAGAGACAUUAGGUAAAACAGAACCAGUUACUAACACAAACACUUCUCAAUGCAUUCGUAAAUUAACUCCAUCAACUCGUGACUCAAAUGUAAGUAGAAGUGCACCAAUUCAGCAUGUUGGCGAGGAACGAGUGCCCAAGUUGCCCGACGAGGGUUCAGAUUUUGAUCGUAACAAUAAUGCUGAGUAUAAGUUGUUUAUUGGGGAUAAAGACAAACUGUUGAGUAUUCAGGCUUGGAUCAAUAAUCUACAGGAUCGAGCAGGAUCCGAGAGUCCGUCAGUUGAUUCUUAUUCACAGGUUAGUUUAGGUCAAGUGAAUGAUUCAGUUGAUAGUGGCUAUGUAACAAAUACUACAAGCAAGACCUGCUCACCUCCUGAAAAAGGCUGGGCAGCAGACGUCAAGGAUGCAGAUGUCGUGUCAAGGCCUGUAGUCAGUAUGGAGGUGGACGAGUGCUUGAUUGAUGAGAAAUUACAUGGUGAGGUGGUGUGGAAGUUGGCUGAGAGAGAAGGCGGGGCUGGAGAAGGCGGGGCAGUUCCAAUAGGAGUAGGCGGAGACUUACCAGUGGAUGAAGGUGUGACAUUACCCGUUGAAGAGAAUGAGGAGGAAAUGAUGGAUAUAGACGAGGUUCUGGUUGAGGUCCGACAGCAUGUGAGCGGGUCUGGUAAUCAGAAUGCUAGCAGCUUUGAUGAUUAUACGGACAAAUUUACACCUAUGAAAGCAACAAGCAAGAUCAUUACAGUGGUUGUGGAUACCAAUGUUCUCAUCUCAAACCUGGCUCUGUUUGAGACUCUCAAAGAUUAUCAGCUUCAAGGUAGAGACAGAGCAAAACUAUGCUUAUACAUUCCAUGGAUUGUUUUAUGUGAACUAGACUACAUGAAGGAGAAACAGACUGGAAACAAGCCAAAACAGAAAGCGAGACAUGCCAUCAGUGUGUUGAAGACGUUGUUCAGUGGUAAACAUCCUCGUGUCAAGGGACAGACGCCUAAAGAGGCUGAGGAAGCAUCUGACAACUUCCGAUCUACGUGUAAUGAUGACAACAUUCUCCAGGCUUGUUUACAGUGUCAGAAAAAUGGGUUAUGUGCUGUGCUGUUAACAAAUGACAAUAAUUUGAUCAACAAAGCCCUCGUGAGUAAUGUGUCGGCUUACACAGCAAAGGACAUUUUGACUGGCUUGAACGAAGUUGACAAAGCAGUUUUUGCGGGAAAAUCCAUCACUACAGGCAAUGUUAACCUUCUGAAGUCAGAUUACGUUAAAAGUCCAGCUCCAGCUUCUCAUGGACUUGAAGUUUACCAAAACAUAAAUAGUGUGGAUGGUACUGGAAAUAAAGUCUGUCUCAGUGGCGGGAAGACAGCCAGUGUUGGAGAGAACGUGGUGACAUUAUCUGCUGCACCUCAACAGACGUGUCUUGCUGAUAAAAUACUGAAGGAGGAGAAUACAUCUACCAUUGAAACACUGGUAGAUGACAUGUACUGUAAAAUGAAGACCGUAUUACAUGAGGCACUAGGAAAAAUACUCGAAGUGGAAAUGCAAAAAGCCUAUGAUGAUAUAUGGACAGACAUUGUGUACAGAAAACCACCGUGGGAUUUAAAAGCUAUACUAGAGUGUUGGAAAAAGCACUGGAGAGCUGUGUUUGGAUUUGUGUUUCCAAGAUACCUUCGCUAA